UCCGUCACUUCCGGCGGGCGACGAGGCUGGCGUGAUGCGCGUGGAGCGCUGCUACUUCUGCUCGGGGCCGGUCUACCCGGGACACGGCGUCAUGUUCGUGCGCAACGACUGCAAGGUUUUUAGAUUCUGCAAAUCAAAAUGCCACAAAAACUUUAAAAAGAAGCGAAAUCCCAGGAAGGUCAGAUGGACCAAAGCCUUUCGGAAAGCAGCUGGCAAAGAAUUAACAGUGGAUAAUUCAUUUGAGUUUGAAAAACGUAGAAACGAACCAGUCAAAUACCAGAGAGAGCUGUGGAGCAAGACUGUUGAUGUAAUGAAGAGAGUGGAAGAGAUCAAACAAAAACGUCAAGCUAAAUUUAUCAUGAACAGGUUGAAAAAGAGCAAAGAGCUGCAGAAAGUGCAAGAUAUCAAGGAAGUCAAGCAAAACAUCCACCUUCUCCGUGCUCCUCAUGCAGGCAAAGCAAAACAACUGGAGGACAAAAUGGUACAGAAGCUACAAGAGGAGGUGGCUAUGGAAGAGGAUUCCUAAAGUUGUACAUUUUCUAUUCUUGCCUCUUUGGUGGUAGACUAUCCAUCCAACCCCUACUGCCACAUUCAGAAUUGGACAUCUGCAUUAUUGAGUUGCUUUUUAUAUGCAUUCACUGAAAUGAAAGGUGAUUUAAAUGCAUGCCCAAUUCCCCUCUUUUUCUGUAUUCUGUUACCUGAGAAACACCAGGUAUUGUAAAAGUUUGAAUACAUAUUUUUAAUGUAAGGAACCUUUCUCUGCCUAAUAUUUGAAGAAGAAUACCCUUUAUUGAAUAGUAGCUGUUUUGUCAGUGACUCAGUACCAUUUGCGAUUACAAAUGUGAGGUAAUGGACAUGAAACAAGUUGUCCUAUAGAUUUUGACAACACUUGCAAUUUUGUAAUCAUGCAAAACACAUUGUCAAUAAAUAAAUGAAUACAACAUUUCA